UUUUUCUCUGGAUUGGAGAUUUGAGCAAUGGACCCAGCCAACAAAGACAUAAUUCCUACGUCACCUCUGGAAAGAUUUAAACCACUUCAGGAGAAUUUCCAGAAAAGACUGAAAACUUUCAGUAAAUACCCAAAGAAUGCAGUGAAAGAGAAAGAAGAUCUUGCAGAUAAUGGCUUUCAUUACAUUGGCAAUGGUAAAGAUGAUAAGGUUCAGUGUACAUUUUGUGGAAUAAUUAUGAAUAACUGGGAAGAAAAAGAUGAUAUUCAGUCCGAACAUCGUCGAUUUUCCCCAUCAUGUUCUCGAGUUCUUGACAAUGACCGCAAAAAUUUCGGUGCCAAUCUGGAUGGAGGGCUUUCUCGUCUUGACUUCAUUAGGAAUACACAAAAUGCUGCAGAAAAUGGUGCUAUUCCUCAGAUGAAGGACUAUAAUUUGAGAAUGAAGUCUUUCAAUGAUUGGUCAUACAGUGAUGAUGAAAAACCCUCAAUAGAUGCUUUAGCAAAGGCUGGGUUAUUCUAUACAGGUAAAAAUGACACUACCCAGUGUUGGUUUUGUGGAAACCUGCUGGAGGAGUGGGAACCAGAAGACAAACCUAAAGAGGAACACGAUGCGAACUUUCCAAAGUGUAUGCUGGCUGCACACUAAAGUAAAAAAUAUCAUUCGGGGA